AUACACUACUCUCCGUGGUUUACUAAUUUGCGAAGAACUCUACCGACCGAGAGGGUGAGGCUACGUGCUUGAUUGAACGGAAGAAAUGACAGAAAGAGAAAGGACUAAUUUAGAUCUCCCUUGUCAUGGCAUUUUCACCAGCUUUCCCUGCAGUGCUACUGCGUAGCACUUGUAGAACCUUUAAGGAUUGCUUACAAGUAAGCAGAAGGUUCUCACGAUCGCCUCAUUUAUCGCAGGAGGCAAUUGAUUACGGAUAUGUGGCGGUCGCGGAGGCCCAGGCCUUCAUGGAGAGGUGUAUGGUCGCCACAGGGGUUUCCACCGAUCAUGCUUCAGCCCUAGCGGAAGUCCUGGCCUGCGCUGACCAUAGAGGGCACUAUAGUCACGGGAUGAACCGUUUAGAAAUGUAUGUUAAAGACAUAAAGAGUGGUAUCACAGAAAAGACUGGAGAGCCUACUAUAUUAAAGGAACUUGCGGGUACAGCUUGGGUAGACGGUAAUAAUCUACUAGGUCCUGUUGUGGGGAAGUUCUGCAUCGAUCUUGCCAUAAAGAAAGCCAAGGAAGCUGGUAUAGGAUGGGUGGUUGCAAAAGGUUCCAAUCAUUACAGUAUUGCCGGAUGGUACACGUUAAGAGCUAUAGAGCAAGGAAUGAUUGGUCUCAGUACUACAAACACAUCACCUCUAGUGGUGCCUACUAGAGCAAGAAAGGCAAUGUUUGGAACAAACCCUAUUUCGUGCGGUGCACCGGCCGAGAAUGGGGACAGUUAUGUACUUGAUAUGGCCACUUCCACUGUAGCGUUGGGGAAGAUAGAAUUGAAUGCUGUGAAAGAGAUCCCAAUUCCGAACGGCUGGGGAUGUGAUGCUUCCGGAACGGAGUCUAAUGAUCCCAAAGCCGUCAUAUCAGGAGGAGGAUUACUCCCGCUGGGUGGGUCAGAGAUCGCAGGUGGAUAUAAGGGCUAUGGUCUUGCCAUGAUGGUGGAGGUUCUUAGUGGCAUCUUAGGAGGAGGGGCCUUCGGACCCAACAUCAGGAAAUGGAAAACAAGCAACCAAGUAGCAAAUCUGGGCCAGAUAUUUGUAGCGAUCAACCCCGAGGCUUUUGCGCCUGGUUUUGAAGGGAGAAUGAGCUCGCUCAUGGAUAUGUGUCGGAGUGCUGAACCUGCAGAGGGAGAAACAGAGGUUCUCGUAGCUGGCGACCCGGAAAGGAAGAACAUUGCCAAGGUUGAAAAAGAUGGUGGUCUGAGGUAUCACAACAACCUAUUGAGGAAUAUGGAUACCUUAGCAGCAAGUCUCGGAGUGGAGCCCAUCAAGAGAAAUUAAAUUAAUAAACAUCUCACCUAUCCAUACACUUGUACUACACAGUCUACAUGCACAACAGUAAUAGAUCUAGAGGAGAAUGCAAGAUAUUAUGUCUGCAAUUAUUGGUAAAGUGGCCUUUUUCAUUUGAAUGUUACCAUUUGCCAUUGAAUUGAUGAAUUGAAAUUCAUCAGUUCUUUUCUCAUACAGCCUUCAUCUUAAUAGAAAACCCAAUCAUACCCGUCCGUGUUCAAGUCCUUUGGAAGUGCAUAGGGACGUCAUGUCAUAAUUUGAUAUGCACUUUUAUACUGUGUCUUAUUAUUGAAUGAGAGCAUGAAUAACCAUGUUAUGUUAUUAAAAGAAAUUAAUGAAAAAAAUGGAUUGAACUUAUUAAGGAUGCACAUAAUGGAUAUUUGCUCAGAGUACAGUAAGAUUUUUAUAUUUGAUAGGGUUGUUUUGGUAGUCAUAAUUUGGUUUAAGAUUAUAUAAUGUAUAGUUUUAAGGGGAGUUCAUGCUAAAUACGAUGCAGGGCCCUUAUCUGUUGGUUUUGUAUGGAAACGUGGUGUAGUGGUUCCCACUCUCGCGUCUCAAUCUGAGGGCAGUGGUUCAAAUCCUACUUCGGGUGUUGAUUUUCUUUGGCAAGAAAUUCAUCCACAUUUUGCUGCACUUGACCCAGGUGAGAUGAAUGGGCCUCUAGUAAGAUUUAUACCAUGAACGCUUUAGCACGUACAUGAAUGGAGGCCCAGGUAAAGCCUGGGUAAUGACAUAAUACAUGUAUCCAAUGCAAUAGCAUCACACGAUCAGUUGAUAUUGUAUGAGUGAUGGAGAUAGUUUGGGGAAAAGAAAAAUGUAGUGUUUUUAAACUGAGGAAUUUCCUUUGAAGAGAUAAACAAUUUUCAAGUGACAAAUUAAUUUAGAAUAUGAAACAACACUUGAGAAGUAUUAUGUAUUUGAUUCAAGAUUUUAUUGCAUUAAUAUAUUUAAGUGAUUGCCAGAAUUGUGUAGCCUUUAAUAUUUCUUUGUGGAGUCGAAGUGCUCUUAAACAUUGCACAAAUAAAUCAUCUAUGUUCUUACUGUGGGACAAAAUAGCCUGAUGAAUGUGAUAUGAUUGGUAGUUUAGGGAAAUGCAGUGUGCUCAUGACCAGAAUCAUACUCUUCCUUAACAGAUAUCAAUGAAUAUUUACCAUUUUGUCUACCAGAGGCUUCUGCUGGUGCUGCGAAAUUUGUGUAGCUUCCUAACAUAGACACAGAUUAUUUGGAUUGUGUAGCCUUGGUUUCCCUAUGAAAGGCAACUUUCAUGUCUCAGGCAACAUAGUUAUUUUUUUCCAAAGGCAUUAUCUUUUGGGGUUGUUAUCACAAUUUCAUUCUCUUGAUAGUGAAUAAAGUACGGUUUGACGGAUCAAUUUCAAACUUGCUACAAGUAUGCAUGUACAUGUAGGAAUGACAAUGAUAUGAUUAGGUGUAUAGGGUUCGAUGGUUG